AUGGUGGCUGGAGGUGGUGUCGAAGCUGCGGGGAGGGGUGGUGUUGGAGGUGGAGGUGUGGGAGGUGGUGGUGGUCUGGGAAGGGAUGAGGCGAGGCUUCUUGGGGCCGGAGGUAGAGGCGGAGCAGCCGGCGCCGAGGCUGGUGGUGGUGGUGAGCUGCUAGCGCUCGCGGCGGCGGGCGGUGGGGACCCACGUGCUCUGGACGUGGGUCGAGCAGUCGAAGCCGCGGCUCUUGCAGCACGUCCGGCAGCGCCGGUGGGUGCAGUCCUUCUUCGCCUGGUUGCUGCAAUCUUAGCAGGUCGACGACGACCCUGUCAGCCCGAUCCUCGCGCCGCUGAGGAUGCCCGACGCGUCGAGCAUCGAGACGGGCUUCCUCAUAUAGGAGAUGGCAACAACGGGUCCGCUAAGGUUAGGGUUUUGGGCGAGCUGCGGGGGAGGGAGCUGCGGCUGGGGCUGCCAGAACUGGAUGCCGGAGGCGGGGGCGCCGGGCUUGAAGGUAAUGAGGCCAAGUUGGAGAAAAAGAGAGGAUAA